AUGCCCUCUAAACUCAACGCUUACUUGCUCUCUGCAGUGAUGCUGGCAGCUCUGCUCCAGCUCGCUCCCGGAGCUCCAGUUGUAGACGCGCCCACCGACACCCUGGCAGGUGACACCUCAGGUGAGGAGGAGCCGAAACUGUCUGACCUACUCAGGGACUUGAUGCUUGACAAAACCAAACGCCACAAGGGGGAGUUUGAAGAUGAAUUCAAAGACGUGCAAUAUCUCAUUCUGGACAACUACAAAACCUCCUCACUUCCAAAAAACUGCUCUAAUUCCAGCAUCAGUGAGGAGGUCUUUCUCCACAGUUUGGCCCACGACUUGCUUAUUUACACUGUUAUUCUCAAGUUUGUGGAGAAGGAGUUCCCUAACAGCCGGAUCCCCAAAGAGGCCAGAGUUAAUGGUGGUAAUUUGAUUAGCCUGAUCAAAGGAAAG